GUAACACUAAAAAUAACUGCCAAAUUAAAUUGACAAGCUCAAUUUUUGUUCUUGGUCGUUUAUUUUAUUUCGUAUUCCCACAAGUAAAUUAUUCUUCUUCUUGUUAUGUAUCUACAAUCAAACAUGAGUUGGAUUCCUUGAGAUAUCAGACAAGAAUUUUGCUGUUUAAGAAUUUCGUGAAAAUACUUAGUGGAAUCCUAACAUUAUUAUGAAAAUUUGUAAAUAGUGUGAUGCUUACAGUGUUUUGCCAUCUACAAAUAGAAUUAAAACAGAUAAUAUUGUACUUAGAUGAGGCAAUAUUAAAGUAAAAUGGACCUGACGUCAAGUAAUCUCUCUGGACUACUUCAAAAAUUGUGUGCAGGAUUGUCACUAGAUCCAGAUGGUGCAUAUGAGCUUGCAGUUUCAUAUCUAUCAUCAACUGGAGAGAAAACUCGUACUGUUCAAGAUGAGAGACUGCUUUGUCAGAAAAUCCAAUCCCGACUGGCCAGUGUGUCUGCAAGGGAUGCAGAUAAAUUCAGUGAAUAUUAUUCAAAACUAAAAAAUUCUUUUAUUUUAAAGCAGCGAGUAUCAGUCCUGGCUCUACUGUUGGCCCUGUCGGAAACACCUCAAGAGUCAGCGUCUACACAGCAGCUGUUCCCCAUACCUCAUCUUGCUGCUACUAAAUCAGCGACCGGUAUCUGUGGCAGUGCCUCAAGUACAAGUAAAAGUACCAUUGGCUCUGUGAGCUGGGGCAGUCAUGCAGUCAAGCAGCCGGGCUCCAACCAAAGCCUACCGUCCAAUAACAGUAACAUGGCUGUUGUACUACAAUCCACGGACCGAACUAACGAGCGAACAUGCGUGCGCGAGGCUGUGCUAGCGGCGACGGGUGUGCGCUCGCGGGGCGCAGGCGCCGCUCCGCGCCCGCAACAAACAUUGCACGCACGUAUCGCGCAUCUCGGCUUCCUACACGACCGACUGAAGGAGUUUAUCGACCCUACCUCUGGUCUAAUGCCACAAGGUCUAAUGGGAGAAGGACUUGUAGCAUCGAUCAGAGAUGAGCUUACUGAAUAUUACCGCAGCGUCGCCCUUCUGCAGUCCCAGGCAUGUGAGGGUGACGGCGGUGGUGGCACUCUACGCAGGGUGUGCGUUUGGGCUCAAGAGCCACUCCAUCGCCUAACUUGGCUCGCCAAUAUUGCACAUGCAGCGCAUCACAAGAAAGGCGGUGAGCUAGCGUCCUGCGUUCACAGGUUCGUCCGUCACGGAGACGAGCGCGUGGCGAUGCUUGCUCGACGACUGUUGACCGCGCUCACAUAUCCGCUCCUCCUUAUGCUAACACGGUGGCUUCUCCAUGGAGAGAUUGACGACCGUUUCAACGAAUUUUUUAUUGAGAGCAGAAGUGGAGUGCCUAUUGAUCGAAUGUGGCAUGACAAAUAUCGAGUCAGGGAAUGGAUGGUGCCUACGUUCAUGUCUCGUGAGCAGGCGGCGCAGAUCUUGGCCACGGGCAAGAGCGUGGUGUUUAUGCGCGAAGCUUGCCAGGACGAGCCCGCCGGCACCAGUGAUCACGCUCAACAUCUGCAGGCGCUGCUCAAACCACAUACAGGUACAGAGCUGUGCACAGGCGGGGAGCGCUCGACGGAGGGCUGCGCGUGGUGGGAGGCGGCGGGGCUGCGCGAGGGCGUGGCGGCGGCGCACGCGGCCGCGUCCGCGCGCCUGCUGGCCGCGCUCACCACGCACCACCACCUGCUCGACCACCUGGCCGCGCACCGCCGCUACCUGCUGCUGGCGCAGGGAGACUUCGUGCACCAUCUCAUGACGCUACUGCAGGACGAGUUAAAUAAACCGGCGACAUCGCUGUAUGUACAUAAUUUGACGUGCACUCUGGAGGCAGCGGUGCGCGCCACUAACGCACAGUUCGAACCGCAACACGUACUAGCCCGGCUUCACGUCAAUUUGUAUCCUAACUGCGACGGUCGCGAUGACUGCGGUUGGGACGUGUUCGCACUCCAGUAUCGCGUGGACGGCCCGCUAGGCACGCUGUUCCCGGCCACAUGCGCGGCUCGCUACCGUGCGCUAUUCACGCAGCUGUGGCGCGUCAAACGCAUCGAGUAUGGACUGCACGACGCUUGGCGCGAACAUGCUAUCUUACAGAAGAGGCUUAAGUAUAUGCCAGAGGUGUGGAGCCUGAUGCGGCGCGUGUCGUGCCUGCGGCUGGAGGCGCUGCGCCUGAUGGGCGCGCUGCAGGAGGCGGGCGGCGUGGGCGCGGAGCCGGCCUGGCGCGCGCUGCUGGCCGCCGCCGCCGAGCGCGCCGACCUCGACACGCUGCUGCGGCUGCACCAUCACGCGCUCGACCGCCACUCCAUACACGCCAUGAUACACCACACCACGCAGGAACUCCAGUCGUACUUGGGUAACGUGCUGAACGAAACUUUAGCGCUGCGGAGCUUCGAGUCCACCCUCCACGCCGGCAUCAACACCGAGCUCGAACGAAGAGAUCGACUCGAACAGUUGAAGGCAGAGAGAUUAGGACGCGGUGAGUACGCGUUCACAGCGGCUGACGAGGCCCAAGAUAAGGAAAAACGGAAAAUUUUCCACCAGUUUCUGGCAAGUCGGAAAGCUGACCUCAAUGUUUGGGCUCGCACGUACAGGGGUCAUGUGACGACGUUGAUACUGAAGCUGGCACUGCACGCCGAGGUGUCGCUGCAGACGCUGGCCUUCCGCCUCGACUACAGCGACUUCUACAAGCGCGGCGACGCCAAGCUGCACGAGCCGCUCACCUACCAGCACAAACGACUCAGCGAGAUCGGACUUAAUUUAGCAAAGAGCAAACUAACAGAUCGGACCAAGAAAAAAUGACAAGUAGUGUCAUUGGAGUGUUCCGCCCCAGUCUCGUUCAGACUCAGCUGUGCGCGCUCCUACACCGCGCAGUGCUAACGUCUACUUCCAAAAUAAAAGUAAUCUCAUUCUUAUUGUAUAAUUCCGUUUUUAUAAUUUGAUUUCUCGGUGCAAUUUCCGUUACAGAAAAUAAUUUUGCUGUGUUAUUUUAAAAACUAUAAACUACACUUGUAUAUUUCUCGGUGACAAAUGUUUGAGUAUAGCAAACGCGAACUUCUUGUUAGUUGAGAGGUUGGAAAAGUCACUGAUGUCCGCCAAUGUCAUUAACAUUUGUCACCAAUUAAAUAUAUAGCCUUUGUCUCUCUACUCAUUGUAUGCCCUUCCUAACUUGUGGGGAUGUUUAAAUAAUACUAUUACACUAACGCUCUCUAUAAGUCAUUAUGUGCCAUUAUUGCCACAUUAUACAUUUAUUAACUAA